AAAUUUUAUCCACUCUCACCUCGUCUCACUCGCCUCACAACAUGCUGUUACUCCACGCGCCACCACCACCUUUACUCAAAACAUUGCUUCAUUAUCAUCAUCCUAUUCAUCAUUCUUCUCUCGCUUUCUCCUCACUAUCUCACUUCACGAAACCCUUUUCCAUUGCCAACCGUUUCUCCCCGCAUUCUCGCCGCAGCCCUCUCCUUCCGAUGAACGGUAAAGGUCUUGCCGUCGGCGACUCCUCGCCGGAGCACUUCACCGGCGAAUGGUACUCCGUGCCGGACCUCCGGUUGCGCGAUCACCGGUUCAGGGUCCCUCUCGAUCACUCACUGGGACUCAAUUCUUCUCCAAAGAUCACUGUUUUCGCUCGUGAAGUCGUAGCGGCUGGGAAAGAAGAGCAAAGCUUGCCAUACUUAUUAUAUUUGCAAGGUGGACCUGGGUUUGAGUGCCGGCAGCCAACUGAAUCUAGUGGAUGGGUUCACAAAGUCUGUGAAGAAUUCCGUCUCAUCUUAAUGGAUCAGCGAGGAACAGGCUUAUCAACUCCCUUGACUGUGUCAUCAAUGUCACAAUUCAAGUCUGCUGAUGAAUUAGCCGACUUUUUAAAACAUUUUCGAGCUGAUAACAUAGUAAAUGAUGCAGAGUUUAUUCGAGUACGUGUUGUUCCAGAUGCUGGUCCUUGGACAAUUUUGGGACAGAGCUAUGGUGGAUUUUGUGCAGUCACAUAUUUAAGUUUUGCACCACAAGGACUGAAGCAAGUCCUUAUUACCGGAGGAAUUCCUCCAAUUGGAGGUGGAUGUACAGCAGGUUCAGUGUACAAAGCAGGCUUUGAGCAAGCUAUACAUCAAAAUGAGAAGUACUACAAGAGAUUCCCUCAAGAUAUUAAAAUUGUUCAAGAACUUGUUAAUUAUUUAGCUGAACAAGAAGCAGGAGGGGUGGCCCUUCCAUCCGGGGGCUUCCUUACCCCAAGAGGGCUGCAGACUCUUGGUCUAUCUGGCUUAGGAUCCCGAACUGGUUUCGAGAGCAUGCACUAUUUGUUUGAGAAAGUGUGGGAUCCUACUUUAGUUCCGGGAGCACCAAAGAAAAUAAGUUACAACUUCCUUAGUUCUUUUGAGAAGUGGUUAAAUUUUGACACCAAUCCACUCUAUGCUAUUAUGCAUGAAUCCAUCUAUUGUCAGGGUUCUGCUAGUAAAUGGUCUGCUAAUAGUACGAGGACCGAAGUUGAAGAUAAGUUUGAUGCAAUUAAAGCUGCCAGAGAAGGACUCCCUGUACUUUUUACAGGAGAGAUGAUAUUCCCAUGGAUGUUUGACGAGAUUCAUGCAUUGAAACCAUUCAAAGAUGCAGCUCAUAUAUUGGCAGAGAAGAAGGACUGGCCCCCACUAUAUGAUGUUCAAGUUCUGAAUAACAACAAGGUACCUGUUGCUGCAGCUGUUUACUAUGAAGACUUAUACGUGAGUUUUAAGCUGGCAAAGGAAACAGCUUCUCAAAUAGCAGGGAUUAGGCUAUGGAUAACCAACGAGUUCAUGCAUUCUGGCUUGCGUGAUGAUGGGAGCAAAGUUAUUGAUCAUUUGUUCGGGAUGCUAAAUGGAAGGAAACCUCUAUUUUGAUCACCAUUACAUCUCUUCUAUGCCUUCCACCACUUUUGAUGCCUUUGGUUCCUUAGCCUUUGAAUCUUUGACUUGUUUUAUGUUCUUCUAUGUUGGUGGAAUCUUCCAUUAUUCAUAUUUAAAUUGCAAGGUUUUGCUUGUGUUUAAUGUCAGGUUUGGCCUUGUUUAUGUUUA